AUGGAUCGUCUAAGAGAUCUUGAAACGCCUUGGGUAGAUUCCAACACCCCCACCCGUCGCAACUCAAUCGAUCUUUCUGUCCCAGUCCCUUUGCCACCGGAUCACGAGAAUGAUCCUAAGGCUUUUUUGAAGCAUCACGCUGCAAAGACAGCUGCAGCCGAAAAACACACCGAACCAGAAAAGCCCUGCAAUCUUGAACAGCCUUCAGAUCUGGAAAAGGGCAAUGACACAACACCCCAACAUUUAUCUUUUAGACAAAGAUUGCAUCACUUUACAUGGGCUUGGUUCACUCUCCCCAUGUCCGCUGGUGGAUUAGCAUUGCUCAUCCACGUCCAACCUCAUCAAUUCACCGGAUUAAGGAUUAUCGGAAUGGUGCUUUAUGCCAUUAACCUACUUAUAUUUACAUUAUGCUGCAUCGGAAUGAUUCUUCGAUUCUCGUUUAAUACUGGCGAUUUGAAACGAUCAGUUACACACCAUCGAGAAGGUUUCUUCCUACCAACAUUCUUCCUCGCCAUCGCUUCGUUAAUUACCAGCACACAACGCUACGUCAUUCCCAAAGACGACGCUUCAUACGCAUGGGCUACACAGACCAUCUUCUGGAUCUAUGUCGUUGUCACAUUCAUCCUAGCAAUCUGGCAAUAUUCUUUCCUCUUUGCUGGUCAUAGUUUUAGCUUACAAGCCAUGAUGCCAGGCUGGUUACUCCCUAUCUUCCCCGUCAUGUUAGCUGGAACAGUCGCUACAGUUAUCCUCGACACACAGACCCAUCUUAACCCGCUACCUAUUAUCUUUGCCGGCUUGACGUGUCAAGGCUUGGGAUUCUGCGUGUCGAUGAUGAUGUAUGCGCACAUGAUCGGUCGACUUAUGCAAUCUGGUCUUCCGAACCGCGAACAUAGAACUGCGUUGUUCAUGAACGUCGGUCCGCCAUCGUUUACGGCUUUAGCUCUUAUCGGAAUGGCGAAUGCUUUGCCCAGAACAAUCUCUGGCGCUGAUAAUCUUGCUCUCAACGUCGAUACCGUCCGCACGGUAGCGCUCCUCUGCGCUGUGUUUCUCUGGGCGUUGAGUCUUUGGUGGUUCUUCAUCGCUGCUGUCGCAGUAAUUUCCUCACCACCCAAGUUCUUUCACCUGGGCUGGUGGCCUUUGGUCUUUCCCAACACGGGCUUUACGCUUGCUACUAUCUCUAUCGGGAACGCGUUCAAGUGCGAGGGUCUUCUUUGGGCUGGGAGUGGGAUGUCUAUUAUUCUUGUUGCUACAUUCUUGGUUGUUGUUUCGUUUAAUAUUCGGGCUGUAUUUGUACGGGAUAUCAUGUAUCCUGGAAAGGAUGAGGAUGCGGAUGAUCACUAA